AUCUGUAUGUUUUCUUACAAUUUCAAAAGUUCCCCCUUGUUAUUGCUGGGCAAUGGGCUCCUUAUAUUUCUUCACAAUUUUUUUCUUUGGUUUUUUGUUUGCUUGUUUGUUUGUUUUACUAGCCAAAUUCCCCUUAGUUAAACCAGAUCUGUUUGUUGGUCCUGAGCCGUUAAGCAAAAAGCCUGCCUUUUGUUAGAGCCAAGCUGUUACUUUUGUUCCUGUAAAGAUCCUAGAUGAACUAGGACUAUGUUCAACUUGUGGUCAGUAUCUGCUAAAUGCUGAACGAAUGAACCCUAGGACCAUGACUGCUUAAAGUAUGCGGAGCCCAGGGGGAGUAUGCUGGACUGGCUACUAUCAGAGCAUACUUAGACCAGAAAGGAGAGAGGCACAGAACGGUUUGUCUCAUUCCUAAGUCAGCACAUGGAACGAAUCCAGCAAGUGCCUACAUGGCAGGCAUGGAGAUCCAGCCUGUGGAGGUGGACAGAUACGGGAACAUUGAUGCCGCUCACCUCAAGGCCAUGGUGGAUAAACACAAGGAGAACCUGGCCGCCAUCAUGAUCACGUAUCCAUCUACCAAUGGUGUGUUUGAAGAGAACAUCAGCGAUGUGUGUGCCCUUAUUCACCAACACGGAGGCCAGGUCUACCUGGACGGGGCAAAUAUGAAUGCCCAGGUGGGCAUCUGCCGUCCUGGAGACUUUGGGUCUGAUGUCUCUCACCUAAAUCUUCACAAGACCUUCUGCAUUCCCCAUGGAGGUGGCGGCCCUGGCAUGGGGCCUAUUGGAGUGAAGAAGCAUCUGGCUCCUUUUCUGCCCAGUCAUCCCAUUGUUUCCAUAAAACCGAAUGAGGACACCUGGCCGGUGGGGACUGUCAGUGCCGCCCCAUGGGGCUCCAGUUCCAUCUUGCCCAUUUCAUGGGCUUAUAUUAAGAUGAUGGGAAGCAAGGGUCUCAAAGAGGCCACAGAAAUUGCUAUUUUAAAUGCCAACUACAUGGCCAAGCGAUUAGAAAAACACUACAGAGUCCUUUUUAGGGGUGCAAGAGGGUACGUGGCUCAUGAAUUUAUUUUGGACACAAGACCCUUCAAAAAGUCUGCCAAUAUUGAGGCUGUGGAUGUUGCCAAGAGGCUCCAGGAUUACGGAUUUCAUGCCCCUACCAUGUCCUGGCCUGUGGCAGGGACUCUCAUGAUUGAGCCCACUGAGUCAGAAGACAAGGCAGAGCUGGACAGAUUCUGUGAUGCUAUGAUCAGCAUCCGGCAAGAAAUCGCUGAUAUAGAGGAGGGCCGCAUUGACCCUAGGGUCAACCCCCUGAAGAUGUCUCCACACUCCUUGACCUGUGUCACAUCCUCCCGCUGGGAUAGACCAUAUUCUAGAGAGGUAGCAGCAUUUCCACUGCCCUUUGUGAAGCCAGAGAACAAAUUCUGGCCAACCAUUGCUCGGAUCGAUGACAUCUAUGGAGAUCAGCACCUGGUUUGCACCUGCCCACCCAUGGGGGCCUACGAGUCUCCAUUUUCGGAACAGAAAAGGGCCUCCUCUUAGUCCUUCCUCUCUAAGUUCAAAGGACUAGUUUGAUGCUUCUUUCUGAAGCAUUUGACAAACAAGGAUAUUUCUUCUCUUGCGCUUGGCUCAAGCAGGAGGUUUAUAUGUUGUAUAUUUCCAUAAUCUUUCAAGGUAAUGUAAACACAAUUAGCAUGGUGAGUGGUGACAGCUGCUAUUCAUGUUGCCUUGAUUGGGAGCCAUUUAGUUUUAUGAAUACAAAAUCUGGGGUGCGCUAGCAAUUUUAACUUUUUAAUUCAAGAAAUUUGCAGAGGACAGAGCCUAUGCUGGGAAUUCAAUAGACAUUCUUUUUGUUCCAAAUAAGUCCUUGAGGACUGUGCCCUCUGGGAACUCCCGGGGCAAAUGUUUACAUUUUGUAUACACUGAAGAAUUCCUCCUCACUAAUGUGCCUGAUCUGUCACAGCAUUUCUGUUUUCCUUUCACUAUGUGGAACUUUUUUAUUAUCUGCUUCAUUAGUGUUCUAAUAAAAACUGAAUUUGAAUAA